AUGACUUUCUUAUUCUUUGGCCUAUUUGAAUCCACUCAGAAACCCACUAAAACCGAUAAAGAUAUCAAUCAAUCAAUUAUCCAUCUUCAGAAGAUCAAUAUUGGUUUAAAUCAGUUUAAGUUUGGUUGUUACACCUUUACUCAAUCUUCUAUUGCUGUGGCUGUUGCUGCUUUCCUCAGAUUAAUCCUCCCCACACGCUUUUUCUAUUCAUUCUCCUUCACUUGCCUGUUUCUAGUCAACAACCCCGAGAUUUACGUCAUUCUAGACAGCUUCAACAGCCAAUACUCCCUCAAAGACAAGCGCAUCCCUUUCAUUACCCUGGUUAAAGACAAACUAAACACUCUCAAACGUAACAAGAGUAAAUCUAAAGAUACCAUGUUUCGUUUUGAGAUAUACGAAAAUCAAAGAUGGUGGAUGGGUCUUGAUUGGACACACGCUUUACUUCCUGGCGAGAGACCUACUUGGUCAGACAGCAAUCUAGAUCCCGUCUUGCCACCUAACACUUUCAACUUACCCCAGGAUACAUCAACCAAUGACAAAAUAGUUUACACGUGGUCCUGGUUAGAUGAGUCUUGGAUGGUUACCACUCCCGGACAAAAUAAACCUGUGAAAAUACUCCCUCUCCCAAAUAUUCCCUCUGAAGACGAUGACAAGGGUGAUAAUUCUACUCACUCCUUCUCUGUAGAUAGAUCGGGUGCUGAAAAAGCUCUUAAACAGGGCUUGGCUAAGUUUAACAGACAUUCUGCGCAGGCACCCACUGAGACAAAACAGAAAAGUGUCGACAAAGAUCCACCAACGAGGUCUUCAAUAGAUGCUAUCGCUGGAUCUAACCAGGAAAUGGGUACUGCAGAUGGUGUUGAUCAGAAUGGCUGGUCGUAUGGAGACAACCAAUGGGAGAGAUGGAGUUCAAAGAAUGGUAUGGGAUGUUACACGCGUCGCAGGAAAUGGAUACGCACAGCAGUAUUGAAGCAGGUGUUAGUAGAGUGA